AAAAUUAUAGCAACUGAGAAAUGAAAGGACGAUAGAGAGAAAUAGGCCCUAAUUCUUUGUUGCUGUUCGUGACAAAAGAUUAAGGAUUGGAAGUCGAAAUCGGAGAUUAACUUUCUUCAAUCAUAUCGCUUUACAUCUUCCGGUGCUAGAAAUGGUUCUCACGAACUUCACUGGAGCUGGUGUCGGAUUUGGUUUCGGCGUUGGUUGUGGCUUUGGUAUAGGAUGGGGUUUUGGAGGUGUGCCUUUGAAUUUCUUAGGUCUUGGAGCAGGUGGAGGCUGUGGGGUUGGACUAGGCCUUGGAUGGGGCUUUGGCACUGUAUAUGGUAGUCAGUAUCGCUCGUCUAGGGUCACUUUCAAAGGCGAGGAGUUUGACAGGAAGGAAAAAAAUAUGGCUGGUCAGAGAGUUUUCACACUUUCACAAGUUGCCCAACACAAAUCAAAGAAAGAUUGCUGGGUUGUCAUCCAAGGCAGAGUACUGAACGUGACAAAGUUCUUGGAAGAGCACCCAGGAGGAGAAGAGGUGUUGCUGGAGUCAGCAGGGAAAGAUGCAACAAAGGAAUUCAAGGAUAUUGGACACAGCAAGGCAGCAGAAAACUUGCUCAUCAAGUACCAGGUUGGUGUUCUCGAGGGUCACACCAUCAAGGAUGGAGACAUCAUGGGGGCUGUUUCUCCAUCUAACACGAAGGAGAUCAAGGCUUUUGUGAUCAAGAACGACACCAUAUCCAAGGGCAAAGCUCUGCUCGAGUUCUUCGUGCCGCUUUUAGCUGCUGUUUCCUACUUCAGUUUCAGAUGCCUUACAAGGCCUGAGCAGAUCUUCUAAAACAGAUCAUUUGUGGAUUCGAUAGGGUUUUCCCUAAUAAGAUCUGUAUGUGAGGUGUUUAUUUUCUUUUCUGAAAUGGUGUCUUCAAAAUGUAUUGCUCCUUCAGCUCUUAAAAUCAUGUCAAAUAAAACUUUUUCCAUCAAAAUAUGAUUUUUUUUAAAUAAACUUGAUAUUUGGAUCUA